GCCAUGAAGUUCAAGUGAACUGUAGGCGGUGGAAUCCUAUGGUCCCUGAAGUUACAAGAAAAAACAUUAUUAUAUACUUUGUGGUUAGAGUUUCUUCACCAUGUCCGCGAGAAACCCAGGAAUGGAGCUUGACCUGGAGUGGGUUUCCAAGGUCCGAGUGAACCACCAGGCGGUUCUGAAGAGAGCCCAGCAGAUCCAGGGACGCAAGCUGCCGAAGAAGCAGUGGCAGGCAGCCUGGCUCCUGCGAGCGGUGACCUGCAUUGACCUGACCACCCUCGCUGGUGACGACACGCCCUCUAACGUCCACCGACUGUGUCUGAAAGCCAUACAGCCUGUCCGCCAGGACUUAAUGGAGAGCAUGGACAUGCAUGACAAAGGUGUCACCACCGCUGCAGUAUGUGUCUAUCCUGCUCGAGUAGCAGACGCUGUGAAAUCUCUCAAGGCUGCUAAUUCCAGCAUUCCUGUUGCCUCAGUGGCCACGGGGUUCCCCGCGGGCCAGACAGCCCUGAAGACGCGCCUGGAGGAGGUCCGUAUGGCUGUGGAGGAUGGAGCCAGCGAGAUCGACAUUGUCAUCAACCGGAUGCUGGCCCUCACUGGGCAGUGGGAAGCCCUGUACCAGGAGAUCCGUCAGUUCCGGGAGGCGUGCGGGGAGGCGCACAUGAAGACCAUCCUGGCCGUGGGGGAGCUGGGCACCUUCGCCAACGUCUACAAGGCCAGCCUGGUCGCUAUGAUGGCAGGUUCUGACUUCAUCAAGACCUCAACCGGGAAGGAAACGGUCAAUGCCACCUACCCUGUCGCCAUAGUGAUGGUGAGGGCUAUCCGUGACUACUUCCUGCGAACCGGCCAUAAGGUGGGGUUCAAACCAGCGGGGGGGAUACGAACGGCUAAGGAUUCCCUGGUGUGGCUGACCCUGAUGAAGGAGGAGCUGGGGGACGAGUGGCUGAGGCCCAGCCUCUUCCGCCUGGGGGCCAGCUCCCUGCUGGCAGACAUCGAGAGGCAGCUCUACCACUAUGUCACCGGCCGAUAUGCUGCCUACCACGAACUGCCCAUGGCCUGAAAUCGCAGGGGCAGAAUAGACACAACUAGCCAAGCCUGGACCCCCACCUCACCUGCCUCUCUCAGCCCGUGCAACAUGGUUAAGGAUAGACUCACUGUGCCAGAAAUCUAAUCAUCCCAACUGUUUCCCUCCACUGUAGUGAGGGAACCGUAUUGUGCUUUUUCCUUGAAAGAAUGUACAGUGAAUUGGCAUGAAGGAGAAAGCUAAUUUAAUGUGGUUACUUUUGUUUUACAGUGGAAUAAAUGCAUGUAUAAUGUAUUUACUCACAGCUUAUUUGAACACUCUUUACAGACAUUGAGACCAUACAUACUUUUCAGGAUUGAUUUUCAGGAUGGUAUGACAUGUCAAACAUGUGCCUUUUCACAGUGUAAAUCAACAGCCAGUCAGUUAUUACAGCUGGUGUUGCAAGUGAUGUGGAUGGGAGGUGAGUACAUUCUGUAUGAUAUGUGCUGAUUUGACAUACCUCUUGGAAACAAGUUGAAAGUUUUAUGCUCAAAUUCCUUUGGUGGUUUAUAAGUUGUUGUGUAAACAAUGUUCAGAGAAGGUCCUAUAGGCUUCAACAAAUUAUGACAAUGAUGACAUUUAGCACCCUCAAGAGGGUAGUAAUUAUGACUGACUUAAAAGUAAUAUAAUUAACUUUAUUAUUUUAUGAUGUUGUUUGGGAAGGAAAGUAAUC